UUUGCUUUCCAACGCUCUUUCUCCAGAACUCACUUCCACUUCCAGAUGGCAUAAGCUUUUGGGGAAGCACGGAGCUCGUCACAGCGAUGGCUUUGGAGAUCAAGCAACUAGACAACUGUAAAUUUAGCAUGGCAGGGUUCUUCUUCUGCCUCGGAAAAUUAGGGUUCUUCGGACCUUCAAGUUUCCACCUUUAAUGGGUGGCAUUUGCGUUUGUUUUGGAGGCUUUUAAUGGAGAAUCCCGAGGCCGAUGAGCCUGAUAAAAAGAAGCGUCAUCUUAACUCUGUGUCUUCCGCCAUGGCCAGGAACACACCUUCUUCGCCCGAGAACAGGACUGUUGAUGCAGCAGUUCUCCAGUAUCAGAAUCAAAAGCUUGUUCAGCAGCUGGAUGCCCAGAAACAUGAAUUUCAUGUUCUGGAAGGAAGUUUCAAAGAAUUGAAAGACAAGCAGACUUCUUAUGAUGACACUUUAAUUACAGUGAACAGACUCUGGGAUCAGUUGGUUGACGAUUUGAUUCUGCUUGGAGUACGAGCUGGGGGUGAUGGUAAUGGCUUGCAAGUUCUGGAUCAAGCUGAUCGCUCUCAAGGUUCAAUCCCCUCCUGUCCCUGGGAGGAGAUGUUUCUCUGUAGACUUCUAGAAGCUGAUCCUGUCGAUAGGAAUGGAGCUAAGGAAGCUACCAACUAUGUUGAAGAAGCUCUUGCUGCUCGCCAUUCCUCUACUUUGAAUUUGAUGAAAUACUUAGAGGAUACUAUUGAUGCUCAAAGAGAUAAAACAGAUAGAAUUGCAUCAAAUUUUCAUGGAAAGCUCUCUGCUGAAGAUGCUAUCAUCCAACAGCAUAAGAUUGAUGAAUUAAUGAGUGAGGAAGCUGACAAUCUACGAAAGGUGAUUGAUAUUCUUCACUCGAAGCAUAGAGAAUAUGCGCUUGAGAUCCAAACUUACGUGCACAACCUUUCUAUGGAUCAAUCUGAGAUAAAACGCCUUGCAGGUGAGCUGGAGGAAAGCAUGACAGAACUAGAGGAGAGUAGGAGAAAAUUAGUUAAUCUGAAAAUGCAGAAGGGUGGCACAUCUGUAGUGCAUGUUCCGGUUCAGAAUGCCGUAAAUGGGAGGAUGUCACCUGAAAAGCCCAUGGACAGGACCAUGCGGUUGCGUGAGAUGAAGGAUUCCAUUGAGGAAGCUAAGAUACUAGCAGCAAGCCGUCUGUCUGAGCUUCAGGAGGCACAAGAAGAUAAUCUAAACUUGUCCAAGCAAAUGCAAGCUAUUCAGGAUGAGCUGAAGGAUGACAAAUUUGUAAUCUCAUCUAGACCUUACUCUAUACUGAGUGAUUGUCUCCAACAUUGGAACACUGAACUGGAGCGGUACAAAGGGUUAACAGAUUCGCUGCAGGUUGACAGGACUAAUGUUCUGCGAAAGGAAAAGGAACUGAACGCAAAGGCAGAGUCAGCAGAGACUGCAACAAGUGCUAUUGGCACAGGUGGGGUUUGCGUUGAAGAGUUAGAACUUCAGCUGCAAAAGUGUGUGAUUGAAAGAAACGACCUUGAAAUUAAAUUGGAAGAAGCUGAGCAGGAUUCAGGUAGAAAGGACAUUAAAGCAGAGUUCCAUGUAAUGGCUUCCGCUUUAUCUAAGGAAAUGGGGAUGAUGGAAGCACAGUUGAAUCGAUGCAAGGAGACAGCUUGCGAAGCCAUCUCUUUACGUGAAGAAGCCCAUUCUCUCAAAGCUUUAUUAAGUAGAAAGAUGAAUGAAAUGAAGAGCCUAGCAGAUAGAUGCACUGAACAAGCUGCAAAGAUAAAAUCCCUUAAAGUAUUGAUUGAGAAAUUGCAGAAGGAAAAAGGGGAACUGGAAAUCUUCUUGAAAAUGCACGGACAGGAGUGUUUUGACAACAGAGAUGUGAUGGAAAUCAAAGAAUCAGAACGUAGAGCUCAUGUACAGGCUGAAGUCUUGCGAAAUGCUCUGGAAGAGCAUAGUCUAGAAUUACGAGUUAAAGCUGCCAAUGAAGCUGAGGCAGCUUGCCAACAAAGACUUGCUGCUGCUGAAGCUGAAAUAACUGAUUUGAGGGGCAAAUUAGAUGCUUCUGAGAGGGAUGUUUUGGAGCUUUCAGAGGCAGUAAAAAUCAAGGAUGGAGAAGCUGAGGCUUAUAUUUCUGAAAUUGAGACCAUUGGUCAAGCAUAUGAAGAUAUGCAGACACAGAACCAACAUUUGUUGCAACAGGUUACUGACAGAGACGAUUACAAUAUCAAGCUAGUAUCUGAGAGUGUGAAAACAAAGCAGGCACAGAGCUUUCUGCUUUCUGAGAAGCAGAUGUUAGCAAAGCAGCUCCAGCAAGUUAAUGCAGCAUUAGAAUCCUUAAAACUAAAGAUUUCCAACAGUGAAGAACAGAUAAAAGCAUAUCUGACUGAAGCAGGAACAGCUUCUCUGGAAAACAGACACCUUACCAUCAACAUCGAGAGUGCAAAAUGGGAAUUGGCAGAUGCUGAGAAAGAGUUGAAAUGGUUGAAGGCUGCUGUUUCUUCUUCGGAAAAGGAAUUUGAGCAUAACCAGCGAAAGGCGGUGGAAAUCCAAUUAGAAUUGGAGAGUGAAAGAGCCGAGAAGACGAGACUUGAAGAAGAGCUCAAGGAGCUGAACAACAAGGUGGUGGAGAUGAGUUCUGAAAGUGGGGAGGCUGCAAUACAGAAACUCCAUGAUGAGAUCAAGGAGUGCAAGGCAAUACUGAAGUGUGGUGUAUGUUUUGACCGGCCUAAAGAGGUUGUAAUUACAAAGUGCUACCACCUGUUCUGCAAUCCAUGCAUCCAACGGAAUCUAGGGAUCCGCCAUAGGAAGUGCCCUGGGUGUGGAACUGCAUUUGGGCAGAACGAUGUUCGAUUUGUGAAUAUCUGAGUUAGCUGUCAUUUUUUUUCUUAGGUAAAUAGCUGUGUAUAUUUCCAAUCUGAACUUUUUCUUAAGUUCGAAGCAAUAGUUUUCUUUCCGAUCUUCAAUCACAUAAUUUGUUGCAGUUGUAAGGACAUAUAUAUUAUUUGAUUCUUAAUGAUUCUUGCUUCUGAA